GCCCAGCAUCACAGAAGGUGGAGAUGUUACGUGAAAUGAUCAAAGCCGGCAUGAAUAUCGCACGGUUGAAUUUCUCGCACGGAUCGCACGAGUACCACGCCAAAUCCAUCGAAAAUAUCCGGGAAGCCACGAAAAGCUUUGACACGAAUCCUCUCUUCUACCGGCCCGUGGCCAUCGCUCUGGACACCAAAGGCCCCGAAAUCCGGACAGGGUUGAUCAAAGGGGGCGAGAACAAAGAAGUUGAACUGGCGAAAGGAUCCCGCCUGAUUGUGACCACCGAUCCAGCCUUCCGGGAACAAUGCGAUUCGCAGACGAUUUGGGUGGAUUACGCCAACUUGCCCAAAGUCGUGAGCGUUGGCGGAAGGAUCUUUAUUGAUGAUGGGCAGAUCUCCUUGUUGGUCAAAGAACGCCGUCCCGGCAGUUGUGUGGUCGAGGUGGAGAACGGCGGGACGCUCUGUAGCCGGAAGGGAGUCAACCUGCCGGGGGCUAAAGUGGACUUGCCGGCCUUGUCCCAGCGCGACAGGCACGACCUGGAAUUUGGGGUGCAACAAGGGGUGGAUAUGAUCUUCGCCUCCUUUAUCCGAAAGGCCGAGGAUGUGAUUGCCAUCCGACAGGCGCUGGGGGAACGCGGCCGUCACAUCAAAAUCAUCAGCAAGGUCGAAAGCCACGAGGGCGUCAAAAGGUUUGAUGAGAUCCUGGAAGCCAGCGACGGCAUCAUGGUGGCUCGCGGGGAUCUGGGGAUCGAAAUUCCCGCCGAGAAGGUUUUCCUGGCUCAAAAGAUGAUGAUCGGCCGUUGUAACCGGGCAGGCAAACCUGUGAUCUGCGCCACGCAG